CUCACAUACUUCCUCACAUACUUCGUUCCAAGUGCGUUCAGUUUGUACGCGUCGUGAGAUCCAUAUAAGUGAAAUGGCGAAAACGCGAUCCAAGUAUAUUUCAGUAGGUGAAAGAAAAAUGCGGGCGGCGGCAAAUGAAAAAAAUUUAGACUUUGUGCAGAAUACUCCCGAAAUUGAAACCGUUUACAAAGGAAAAAAACAAAUGUGGUAACAAAAUGACUGCCAAACCUCUAAACACUAGUCUUCAGUAUGCUUACUCUACCAAAAAGGAAAAAAACAUUGGGAAAAGGUAUCUUAAAAAAGCAAUCGAAUGUUGAUAUCAAGCCGAAAAAGAUAAAAGAUGUGAAUCUCAGAGCUUUACCCAAAUCGAAAAAUCGGGAUGCCAAGGUCCUCAAAGAGGAAAGCGAAAUGCUGGAAACCAAGUCGAAUGGAUCUUGUACUAUGCCUGAGGAGGAAAAUGGAGAAAAUAUAAACGGUUCCCUACAUCAAUUUACCGAAUAUAAUAACUCUAUUGAAGAAAUAAUGACUGUUUUUGAUAGUGAUAUAGAAGCCGAAAAUAGUUCUGAAAACGACGAUGCCAGAAAUAUUGAAAAUAUGACAAAAAAAAAUCAAAGACUUGAAGGAAAAAAAUAUAAAAUUAAAAAAAGCUUACGAUAAAGCACUGGAAAGAAUAUUUAGAUUGACGGAUAUUCUUAACUCAAAAGUUUGUGGAGAGCCGACCGAAAACGUAUUUACAGAAGUUCCUGGGUUCCCGGAUAGAACUACAUUAAAAAGAUUUUCAGAAGCUGCAACAAGUGAUUUUGUUUUUGUUAAGCUCAUGAUGAAAGAUGGCCAAAUGGCUUGAAAAACAAGUCCGUAAUCGGUCGUGCCUCAAACAACCCUUGAGGUCGGCCAUCGCGAAAACGGCCAUUAAAUCCACUCGUACAAAUUGAGCCACGCGAACAACUUUCACCAGAAAAAGUCAAAUACAUUGGAGAUCGUUUUAUUGAGCACCGAAUUUUUCAAAGUGAUCCUCCAGUGAUCGCGAAACAGAGAUCCGAUGAAUGUAACCGUCUCAUGACACGUAUGGUUUCAAACUAUGGCGCUGUUUAAAUCUUGUUGCUGCUUUCAGGUUUUCUUGUUUAUGACCUUAAAGAAUUACCUGC